AUGAUGAACAGACCUUCAAGAACUACUGUAAUAUUCAAUAACAUUCCCGAGAACUGGCUUGUUGGGAUAGAUCUACAAUUCUUCAAUACAAAUAAUAUUUUAAAAGGUAUUAAAUUAAUACCUGAUGGAAUUCAUAUAUUACAUUUUGCUAAAGAUCAAUCAAGUAUACGACAAGGUUUUUAUAUAAAUGCAAAAGAAGGUGAUAUAAUCUUGGUAUAUUGGGAUUCUCAGGAGGAGAAAAUCUUAGUUGAUGAAGAAAUUGGUGAAAUAAAUAUAAAUAAAGAAUUAUCAAAAAUUUCAGAAUAUUAUUCAUUUAUGAUUAAUUAUCCUAAUGAUGAACAUUGGGAAGCACUGACAAAAUAUAUAAAUAUUGGACAAGUUGCGUUCAUAUUACCUAAAGGUAAAAAAAUUGAUAGUGUUUUAACUUCAAGUGAUGAAAAUAAUUUAUUAUUAGAUACUUUAUAUAAAAGUUCUAAGUCAAGAAAUUUAUCACAAGAUCCUAUUAUAAAUUCAAUUAUUGAUCAAUCAAAUGAAGAGAUUAAAUAUACUAUGAUAAAUUUAGAUCAAACCAUAAGACCUAAUGGGAAUUCAAUUGAAAAAACAAAAGAUUCAUUAGAUAAAUCAUGGUUUUUCCAAAAAAUUUUAAAUUCAGGGUUUAAUGAUAAUGAAAAUUUAUUAUUAAGUGAAUUUCAACAAUGUUAUUUAAAUAUGAUUAUAUUUGCAAAUUAUAGUAGUUCAAUUCAAUGGUUAAAAUUCUUGAAAAUUUUGUUUAAUGUUAAGGAAUCAAUUCAAGAAAGAUUAAAUUUUUUUGAAAAUUUUUUAGAUGUGCUCACAAUACAAUUUGAAAAAUUUCAAGAAGAUUAUAUUGAUGAAUUUAUAAAUGAAGAAUUUUUAGAUAAAUCAAUAUCAGAAUUUGAAUAUACGGUAAAAGAAUUUGAAAUUCGUUCAUUAAUUAAAAAAAUCAUUAAUUUGAAAAAUUUAUUAAGUUUAAAAUUUGGGAUUCAUAUUACUGGGUUUGUGGAAGAUGAUGAUGAAGAAGCACCAGUAAUAGUGGAUAUAUAA